GCUGCAGAAAUCCCGUCGCUUUUUAAUGCUUUGUUUUUCAUCUCACAGGAAAACAAAAGCCCUAAACAGUGCUUGAGGGAAGGACACUGUAGGAGUUUGCAAGUGACGUUUUUUGCAUGCAAAAGAUCACUGUUGGAUACCAGGGCACGAUUCAGAGGGAAGAAGGGAUACUGA